AUGAAAGCCACCCACCGUGAAGGCGAAUCGAUUGCGGAGAAGCGUACAAGACGAGAGAAAGAAGUUAUUACAGAUGAUGAAGAGGGUUUGCUGUGGUCAAAAAGCUUGCUGGGAGACAAAACUGCUCAAAGUUUGGUUUACACAAUUUAUUUUAUAGCGGAAAAAUAUUCGGGUUAAGAGCAUGUGAACACAGACAGUUAAGAUUAAGCAACUUUGUCAUAGAAAACAAUUAUAGCGAUAAAGAUAAAGAGGUGCAGCGAUGUACUAUCGCCGAAAAGUUUGUUUUGUCGAACAGUACAUUCACUAACUGUUCCUUUAACAUUUUGUUUGCCGGAAAUAAGUAGUACUAAGUCAAUUGUAUGUGUGUUAUUGUUAGUGUGAUUAAAAAAGCAACAUAUUUUGUUGUUUGAAGUGUGAUUUAAUCUUUUUUGUGUAUUUAGAAGUUAUUUCUACAGCUUGCUGUCUUUAGAAAUAAUUCUAAACAUAGCAAUUAGAUAUAUUUGCAUAAUCUUUUGUUUGUACCCCUCAAUUUCCCUAUUGUUCAAGCCCUUCCCACUUGAAGUAAUUAAAGUCUUGGUCUAGACGGGGUAUCUAGAUAGAUACACGUGAUGUAAAUUACACCAUGUCAUUGGCGGAAAUGCUAUGAAUAUCUAAUGAUGUGUGAGAAUAUGUCUUCAACGUUUUUAUUCGAUCAAAUCCUGAAGUAAUUACAAAUUACUGGUUAUUAUCUUUUAAUAAUGCUUUGUGUUUUUGUAGAUCCCAAUCCCAACGUAGCACUUGGAAAACCUGCUUCUAUGUCAUCACAUUGGACGACGCAUAGUGGACCUGCAAGUGUUGCGGUUGAUGGCAACAGAAGUGGAAUAUUUCUUCAAACCAAUUUUGAAUAUGGAUCAUGGGUAAAAAUCGAUUUGCUAAAAGAGGUAUUGCUUGCUUUUCUCACAUAAACUGUUCUUUCUAAACUGCUUUACUACAGGAAAACACCGGAACACUUAUAAAAAAAAACUCGUGGUUUUUCGCAGACUUAAUCUUGAAGCAUUCUUCUUAGAUGCAUGCGACGACUGAGAUAAAAUUCUAGCAAGACAGCCACAUAUAGGGCAGGAAGCUAGCCAUUUGAACACGCAAUAAGCAUUAUCCCAUAUUCAUUGCUAAUCUUUCAUUCGUCUUAUAUAUUCUGCAUAUUUUCUCAAUAGUUCAUUUGAUGAAACGUAUUGUGAAAGAAAGGUUGAUUUUUUGGUUAAUUGACUACGUGUAUAUCCAUGAAGGGACCGGUCAUAAAGUAACUGCUAGGGUUUGAUGGAGUGAUUUUUGAUGGGCCAUGGAAAAUAUUUGGGCAGUUCCGAUGGGCCUCCAAUUUUUUGUAUGUCCACGGUUGAGCGACCAAACAAAAACCCAUGUUAAUUAUAUAUUACAUAAACUAAGAUAUUAAUAAUAAAAGUAAACAAAACUAUCCAAAUUAUCAAAUUCAAAAUAUGCUAUUGAAGCUAGUACUUUGAAGUGGUCGAAUCUCAGGGAAUACAACCAACUGGAGAGCUGCUCAGUAUCUUAAUUGGUGAUGAAUAUGUUGGUCAGGCUUGGUGGAAUUAUAUAUGUCAAUACAGUGCCAGUGUAUAUUUACAAUGUUCAUACCUGCAAGUUUUUAUUUUAUUAUAAAUGUGUAUUUUCCCAAUUUAGAUUGAGUGGGUGGGUCAUUAAAUAAAUUUGGUAAGAUUAGAUGGGCUUUGAAAUUUUUAUCUACAUUCUAAGAUGGGUCACCAAACUUAUUCACAAAUUUGUGAUUUACCUCCAGCCCACCCUAGCAAUUUCUUUAUGACCAGUCCCUAAGGUUGACUGAUUUAUUCAAUGUCAUUAAUGUUAAUGUUAAUGUGUUUUCGCCGUAUAUUUUUUUGUCAAUUAUUGAGUCAAAGAUGUAUAUGCAUGGUCCCAGUCUUAUUUCUGCAAUUUUGGCGGUAAGAUAAACUGGGGUUGUUUGCACCACUAAGAAUUGUUAUGGGCAAAGUUGGCAAAGAUCCACGUUGCCUAGAAUGAACUCAAGAUGAAGACACUAAACCAGAGUGUGGAAACGUUGGGUCGCGAGUGCCAUUCGACGAGGCUUUUUCAUUGGCCCACAAAAAUGAACAUUAAUGAGUAUAAUGUCUCCAGCUAUAGGGCACUCGGAGACAGCUUUCCUCCGCCAGCGCGCGAAUUUAUUUAUUUAUUAAACUUCGCCACUUACAACAAACAAGUGGCAGGGUCACCACAACAGUGGACACCAAUUACUGUGAGCCCUUAAAAAAUUGCUAAAUUCUAAGAAUACAACAUAAAACAACAUAUAUAUCGCAAUACAAAACUACAUCGCACAGUACAAUAUUGAAUGUUAUGCAGUGCAGUGCAAUGCAAUGCAAUACAAUGAAACGCAACACAACACAGCGCAUAUGCAAUGCAAUACAGCGCAAUGCAAUGCAAUACAACGCGACGCAAUGCAAUGCAAUGCAACGCAAUGCAAUGCAAUGCAAUGAAACGCAAUGCAAUGUAACGCAACGCAAUGCAAUGCAUACAUAGCAAGAAUAAGAUUCAACUUCCACCGCCACCAACAAUAUUAUAGUUUAUCGAGCUAACCAAUUACAUGCACACCAGGUCAGCGAGAUGUAGCGGUACGGCGAAAGCCAAAUUCCAAACUCGUUAAAAAUAACAAGAGAUUGGACUAGCCAAACUUCUAGCCUUGUUGUACUUCAGGCAGAUAGAUUUCAUGUCCGUGGAUUAUCAUGAUCAGAUUUAAAGCGGAUCGGAUCGGUGAUAAUCGAGUAAUAAAGAUUUAAAUUUGACUAAGCUUGAAGAUUGAUGUCUCAGUUCAUCAGGCAAAAUGUUCCAUAUCUGAUUAUGAACGAGCGUUGGAAUGGCACCGUUCUGCAUUUCGUCUCACGGAGCAGGAUGCUUUCUGGGUUGCUCGUGGCUCAUGUUGUUCUCACGUGUUCCCAACGUUCAUUUCUGGAAUAAUGUCAUCGCUAACAUGUACCAAACCAUUCAUCAUCUUGAAUAAAAACAGGAGAUCUAAAUAUUCUUGUCAGAAACUAAGCGGUAAUAACGGUAAUAAUUAAGUUAUGUAUCAUGCAUAAAUUAUAAAAGGGCUAAUUACGCAUUCAAUUUACUCUGUUCGGCAAAGCAAGCUUAAGGGAAACUUGACCAAACUCCAAAUUUGACCAAAAUUUAAUGAAUUUGUCCUUGGGCAAUGUCAUUAGUCUCACUGAUUUUCGUAUUAAUUAGUGUGGUAUUUUUUAAUCGUCUUUAGUCUCACUGACUUUCGUAUUAAUUAGUGUGGUAUUUUUUAAUCGUCAAACAUGCACAGACAGAUACACAUGCAAAUAACCACACAACGACUAGGCCAUUGCAAGGUGGGGGGUGGGGGUGGGGGGGGGAAUGCAAUAAUCAUUCGGUAUUUAAUAUUUGCAUCAUUGCACUAAUUGUAUUUAGGAUACGGUUUCAACUGUGAUCGUGGUGAACAGAAGAGAAUGCUGUUUUUGGAGGAUAAAUGGUUUCAAGGUAUCCGUUGGGAACAAUGGUAACAAGGCGGGGUCAAAUACAAAAUGUGGUAGACGAUCAAUAGCUAAAGAGGGGCCAAAUAUUAUCCAAUGUCCCAAGAUGCUACGAGGAAGAUAUGUAUUCGUGUAUAUGCCAAAGAAAAGGUGGACUACAAUGGCCCUGCUUGAAGUCGAGGUGUAUAGACGAAGAACGACAGAAUAAUUUUUCAAUUUAGUCACAAUUAACGAAGUCACGAAUAACCAGAUAAUAUACUUUGAUCUGUAUACCUGCAAAUUUUAA